GUGAAGCUUAUGAUCCUUAUGUACCAAAAGAUGGCACCGCUGGCGGACCGCCAAGUAAAACAGCACAGAUUCAAAAGCAAAUUGAUGAAACAGUUGGCAUUAUGCGAGACAAUAUCAAUCGUGUAGCCGAAAGAGGAGAGAGACUAGACGCUUUACAAGAUAAGACGGAAAAUUUAUCCGUGUCAGCACAAGGAUUUCGCCGUGGUGCCAAUCGAGUGCGCAAGCAAAUGUGGUGGAAGGAUAUGAAAAUGAGAAUUAUCAUUGCACUUGUACAUCGAGAUACGCCCGAGAAUAAUCCAUCAAUUCCGUUCGAAUUUACAGCAGACAAUUUAAAGCGUGCACAAGAGAUCAUAAAGCGGUAUCCACCACAAUAUAAAAAAGCAGCUGUUAUACCUUUAUUAGAUCUUGGUCAACGUCAGCUCGGAUGGACAAGUCUUUCGGUUAUGAACGCUGUUGCCAAGUUAUUGGAAAUACCACCUAUGCGCGUAUAUGAAGUUGCGACUUUUUACACUAUGUUUAAUAGGGAACCGGUUGGGAAAUAUUUCCUUCAACUUUGUACAACAACACCAUGUCAAUUGUGUGGAUCAACCGAAAUUCUAAAAAUAAUUGAAAACCAUUUAAAAAUAAAAGUCGGUGAAACCACUCCAGAUAAGCUUUUUACGCUUGUAGAAGUAGAAUGUGCAGGAGCUUGUGUUAAUGCUCCAGUUUUGGCAGUUAAUGAUGAUUAUUAUGAGGAUUUAACACCGGAAACUACAAUUAAACUUCUUGAUGCUUUUAGAUCUGGUAAACCUCCCAAGCCUGGUCCAACAACCGGUCGUCAUACGUGCGAGCCAAAAAGUGGAUUUACCACCUUGACAAGUGAACCUACGGGUCCAG